AUAAAAAAUAAAUAAUAAUUUCAAUAAUCCGAGAUGGAGAAUUUAUUAGAUAUGUAGCAAUUACGUUGGUUAAAGCAUGACAGCGACAGUUUACAUGGCGUCGUCGAGCUCUGACGAGUCUGCCCCAGAGCUUCCGUGGCAGCGGCGACAGCGGGAGAAAACUCUGCGCACUGAGCAGUGGAACCGCGACGACAGCGAGGACCGAGCAGACGCGUGCUACUCUCAAGACGGUCGGGACGGCACUGACGACGAUCAAGGUGGUGAACCCGCCGAUGGCCACCUAAACCGUGACCAAAACCGGGACCAGCGUCCUGUGGGACACAAAACAGAUUCAUACGAUGAAGGUGAAUGUGGUGUAGGAGUUCGUAGCAGCGACUCACACGCGUCGUAUUUCCGUGACGGUUGCACGCGCGUGGACUACGUUCUGGUGUACGAAGGUAGCGUGGCGUCCUCAGCCAGCGCUAGCCGCAGGAAGGGGAAGGGGCGGGCGGCACGGCGCGAGGGCGGCAAGGAGGGCGGCAGCAAGAAAGGCGAGCGUCAUGAACUCUGGAGGGCGAAAUUCAUGGCGUCUCUGCAGCGAGCUGGUCUGCUCAUGGAGGAGGACGUGGAGGUGUUGGGGCGGCGCAGCGUGAGCUUCAUGAAGCUCAGCGCGCCCUGGGCGGUGCUCAUACACUUCGCUGAGGAACUCAACAUGCGCGCCCCUCUGCAGGCGCACAACAACCCUGCGACGAACUGGAGCGAAGACCUGUUGCGACGGCUGCGGCUGCCUAACCUCAUGUCGCAGGAGGUGCCCAACAAGCCCCUCGACUACUUCACCUGCGCCUUCAAGAAGAGCAAGAUCGACCGGUUCCUAGGUUCUGGUCACGAGGCUACGUACUUCAGCAACACGCAGCGCUCGCGCAUCGUCUACGAGAUCCUUUCUACGGCCGCGUUCGGCAAGCGCAAGAAGGGAGAGAUCGGCGUCGACAGGCUGGUUGAAGAGGGGGUGUAUUCCGCUGCGUACCCUCUGCACGAUGGUACGUACGAACUUCCCCCGAAUUUUGAGGACCCUCGCCUGCUGAAUCCCCGCCAGGUGCUCUAUCACUACUGGGCUCGGUGGGGGCGAUGGUACAAGUACCAACCACUCGACCACAUACGCGAGUACUUCGGCGAGAAGAUCGGCAUAUACUUCGCCUGGCUCGGUUUCUACACGGGGUGGCUGUUGCCGGCAGCGGUGGUGGGGCUGUUGGUGUUCUUGUAUGGUCUGUUCACUAUAAACCUGAACACUCCAGCCAUCGAGAUCUGCGAGACGCGAGGUCGCUUCAAGAUGUGUCCUCUGUGUGACGAAGAACUCGGGUGUGAACACUGGGAUCUCAAUGACAUCUGUCCCUACGCCAUGAUAUCCUACCUUUUCGACCACCCCGGCACCGUCUUCUAUGCAAUUUUUAUCUCAUUCUGGGCGGUGUCGUUCCUGGAAUACUGGAAGCGCAAGAGCGCCUCGCUGGCGCACCACUGGGACAGCCUGGACUUCCAGGAGGAGGAGGAGCGCCCGAGGCCCGAGUUCGCGGCCAAGGCCCCAACGCUGCAAAAGAACCCCAUCACCGGGGUCCGGGAGCCCUCCUUCCCCAAGAGCAUCCGCACCAAGAGGAUUGUGGCGGGCGUGGGGCUCAUCUUUAUCAUGAUGUCACUGGUGAUUAUCUUCAUCGUGGCUGUGAUCAUCUACCGAGUGCUCGUGUCCAUUCCCUUGUUCCAGAACGAGGCACUGAGGUCACAGGCACAGGCCAUCUCGUCGCUCUCAGGCGCCGUAGUGAACUUCAUGAUCAUCAUGAGCAUGGGACGCGUGUACACCAAACUUGCGUACAGACUCACCAACUGGGAGAUGCACCGAACCCAGACGGAGUUCGAGGACAACCUCACGUUCAAGGUGUUCAUCUUCCAGUUCGUAAACUUCUACUCGUCGAUAUUCUACAUCGCCUUCUGCAAGGGCCGCUUUGUCGGCUACCCUGGCCACUACAAACACAUCCUCGGCCUCCGCAACGAAGAUUGCUCGGCGGGCGGCUGUCUGAUCGAGCUGGCGCAGCAGCUGGGAGUCAUCAUGAUAGGCAAGCAGGUCGUCAACAACGCUCAGGAGAUCCUGGUGCCUAAACUCAAGGCCUGGUGGCACAAGAAGAAGGUUAACUUGAGCGGCAAGACCAGGUCCCCCUGGGAGGCAGACUACGCUCUCAUCGACAACGAGGGCCUCUUCGAAGAGUACCUGGAAAUGGUUUUGCAGUUCGGUUUCCUGACGAUCUUCGUAGCGGCGUUCCCGCUGGCGCCGCUGUUCGCGCUGCUCAACAACUGGGUCGAGAUCAGGCUCGACGCGCAGAAGUUUGUGUGCGAGACCCGACGGCCCGUAGCUGAACGUGCCCAGAAUAUUGGUAUCUGGUUCACCAUCCUUGACUUCAUGGCGCAUCUCGCCGUCAUCAGUAAUGCAUUUUUGAUCGCGUUCACGUCGGAGUUCCUACCAAGGCUGCUGUACAAGUACGAGUACGACUGGUCCCUACGUGGCUACGUGAACUUCACCCUCGCAACCGCACCCAACGGCACUAUGAGUCAACCAUGCAGGUAUCGUGGAUACCGGGAUCACGAAGGCCUCCACACGACCUUCUUCUGGCGCUUGCUGGCCAUCAGACUCGGUUUCGUGAUAGCUUUUGAGCACGUGGUGUUCGGUGUGUGCCGCCUCAUCGAUGUGCUGGUGCCAGACGUACCGCAGAGCCUCGAGAUCAAGAUCAAGCGAGAGCGAUACCUGGCCAAGCAGGCACUCGCUGACUCAGAGACCAUUUUGAAGGUGGCUCAGGGUGCCGUAGAUGAGCCCUUUGAUGGCACCUCAGGCAAUCCCGGUGACGGUAAGAACGGUCUGGACCCGCUCAUACCAUCCUACCCGCAACUCUACACUCCGAAUUCCUCCAUAAAAUACAAGAGCUCCCCCAUGGCUAAAGAAAAAGAAUCUCCUACGACGACCAAGGUUCAGAAACAAACGUCGUUGUACUCCAUGCUGCUUAACGAUGGCUCGACUGUAAACUGUGUGGUAAAAGAAGGAGAGCCUGACCAUUCAGACUCAGAUAAGCUCAUGGAAGCUUCACCUGGAAAAGGAAGUGAAUAUGCCGGCUUUUCAAACCUUAUGUUUCCUAACUGUUUCUCUCAGCAAAAACUUUCUGUAUCUCCUUCCACUUCUAUGAAAAUGUACCAUGAUUCUUCUGUGAGUUCCUCGCUUAGCCACAAUUUUAUGUCCCCCUCUUCCGAGGCCAGUGGCAACUACCCCGGAUUGGGAGCUCUGAUGGGAACAUUGAAAGGUCCCAAUCCUCUCAUGAAGGCAAUUAGCUUAACUUCUUCCAUACCUGAAAUAAUGGCAUUUGAAGCUAGUCGUCAUCUCCGUUCAGAAGAUAUUUCUAAAAACGAACCUUCUAUAAGGAGUGGUCAUGCUACCGAAGAAAAUACGCGCCAGAAGUCUGCUUGUAGUAGUCGCAAAUCUAGUUGUCUGUAUCCCCGUUUGUCUGAAGAAUCUCCACAGGAAAAUCUCACAGAUGCCCUAGAGCUUUCCAACUAUUCUGAGAAAACUGCUGCAUCACAUCCAGCCAGAUCCGCGAAUAACCCUCACUCGGAAGCAAAAUAUGAUGACGUGCUUACAGAAGAUAUUGAAAAUGAAAUCUUUAGAAAUAGACCAUAUGGUCUUUCUGACGCGAGUUCGAAGCUCCCUGUAGUUGCUGAAGUAACCGCAGAUCACGAAGUUGCCCAAAGAUCUUCCGAUAAAAUCAUGGAGGGUAACUCUGGCAGUCAAAGCCACCAGCAGAAUAUGCCUGAUUCUUCAAUACGGUGGGAGACAUGCAACCCUCCUAAGCCGCCUCUCCGUACCUCACGUUCUGUGGAUAAAGAACGCACCAAAGACUUAUCGGCAACGAGACUCGGUCGGCGAUGUACUAUUGAUGCACAAUCUAAUGAGAGUUGUUCUGAAACUUCUCGCCCAAAAGAUUCCAUAAAUGCCUCAAACGCUUAUGUUGGUUGUGAAGUUGUAGACAGCUUGGUCACAAAACGCCUUAUAAACGAUAAUAUUCCCGAUAAUCAUGUUCCUGGCAUCACUGAGACACAAGUUCGCCACAGCCACAAUGUUAAUCCUAUUCCUCCGAAAGUACCUAAGAGAAAACUUAAGUAUGCUUAUAGUUUUGAUGACGAUUCGCCGAAUACGGGAAACCGUGAAAGUCUACGUCACCCUCUUACAGAAGAGAAGAUAAGCCCGGGUUAUUUCGCUGGAACUUCACAGCAGCAGACAGAACAUGAGAAAAAUAGAGUAUCUCAAGACGAUAUUUGUACCAAGUUUGUGACUGAUAACCUCAAUGAAGUUAUUUACCCUACUAACGUAACAACCGCAACGACAACCGUGCCUGUACCUCCAAGAAGAAUUCUACCAAGACUACCAAAAGUACCAACCCUGAAUUCUUCCGUGUUGACGAAUCCCUCUACUACGUCCACCAGUGCCAUUUUACCAGUCCUUGAUCAUGAGUCGCCUGACAUUGUCCAAGCACGGCUUCCACCUACUACAAUGUCUAGUAAAGUCCCUGAAACCUUACUAGACAAUCAACUUACUGGCAACCGAACUCAACGACCUUUGAGGAGAGUCAGUGCAGUCGCUCCUCCCCCUCCUCCUAGACUCAGUAAGACCAUGUCCCAACACUGAUUGUUUGGGUGUCUUUAUCUAUCGAAAUUUUAUCUAUAUAACUUCUCGGCUAGUUAUUAUUGUAGUUUUUCCUCGUAUCUCCCAGGAGAAAUCUUUUACGGCCUUCUGUCAAGUAAGUAGAAUAGACGGCAGGAAUGUUUGAUCUAUUACAGGGUCAACUCUUUCCCUCAACUAUGACUGCAUGAAACGCAGUGGAAUAUUUUUAAUGUUGCGAGUGAAAAAUUGUUUCCGGUUUCUCAUAAUUCUUGUUCGCAUCAUAAAAAUACAUGAAAACGAUGUUCGCAUUUUAAUUAAAUAACUUCAUUCUAAUGUCCCAAAAGUUUGGUAAUUGCUUUUGAAUUCAUAUUAUUCUUAAAUUUACACCAGACCUAUCUUCCGUACCAGAAAUAAAAUUGUUAAAUCCUUAAUUUUGAUUCAAGCAUUAAGGAUUUUUAAAUCGUAUUUUUUAUUAUACUAUAUUUCCCAGUUGUUCGAAGGUUUGCUCAGUAUUUAAACCGCAUUUGUUAUCGUUCAGCAAGUCGGACGUUCCCACGAUGUUUUAAACCGCAUAGUUUGUUAUAGAAGUGAACAAAGUUUUUCAAUUGUGUGAAUUUUGCUUGUGUUAGGGUUUUGGUGACCGAUGUUAAGCCAAACAUAUUAAUCCGUGUAUCUACGAUACUUAGCUUCGCACGCAUAGUCUCCAGAAUUUAAGAAUUGUAAAUGUAGUGAAUUUCUUACGAUGAAAGAGCUUCUUCAUAUCAAUUCUAUUCUGAAUAUCAAGUUAUUGGUAUUUCAGUGAUAUUUUGCACUUGGUUCAGCCCUAAGACUUAAAUAGGAGGCAUUAGUGAUGCCAACUGUUUAUUUUUCUAAUAUUUUUUAACCAUUGUCUUUUGUAGUCACUUAACUUUACUUAUAACUAUUCUUGAUUAUACCUGGUUUCCAUGAAGUCGAAAUGAUGGGAUCAAUUAUUGUUACUGUUAUUGACUUUCUUUUUUUCAAAUUGUUAAAUAAAAAUUUCAUUUAUAUGUACUUGCGGAACUAUGAUGCUCUUUGAUACUGAAAGCAUAUAUACGAGUUCAACUUUUGAAUUCAAGCAGCGAUAAGUAUAUUAUGUUCAACCAGCUUUGUUCGAGGCUUCG